AUGGCAUCCACUAUGAGUCUUGAUAAUGUACCAGAACCGACACAAGCAGAAUUAUCUGACCUUCAACUAGCGGCGCAAAAACUUUGGGAAUUAGAUCGAAAUAGAUUAGAACCCGUUAAUCAAAUACCAACAUAUAAAGCUUUUUAUGCGUUACUUGAUAAUUACAUUCCUCAAACUGGAAUCCCCGAAGUUGUUGAUGAUACAGAAUUAAAAGAGAAUACACGAUUUUUAAAGGCAUGUUUACAAACAGGACCAUUGCUUUAUGCAUUUAAGUAUCUCCAAGCUAAAGGAGUUGUGAAAGGAAGUAUUACUGAUUUUGAAGAAGAACUUAACACAAUAUGGUUUAACAUGUAUAGAAGACAAGGACAUGAUGCAGAUUCUAGGUAA